AUGGAUGCUGGAAUUUGUGCUUGGUCUGAGAACAGAGGUUGUGAGGACGACGACGAAGCAGGGGAUGAGUCUGGAGAGGAUGAAGAGGGAAGUAAACUUUGUGAGAGUGCUGAUGAGAAUCUUGAAAAGGCUGUUGAGAACUCUUGGCUUGAUAGCAAGCUGAGCAAGAUCAUAGAAUUAGUUUUCAAAAGUCUUGAUUUUCCAACUGAUAAGAGUAAUCUUCAUUCCUUGAAUCAUUGGAAUUACCUUAGAUGUGGCCCUACAUUGGAAGACAAGCAUCUGACCAAUUUUAAGGUAAUUGAGAGGGUCAUUGCAAUUAAUCAUUUGAUUAUAGAGGCAGAUGCAACAAAGUUUGAGGCAAUUGAUUCAUGCAAGCACUGUUUUGUCUUUUUUAUUGUAUUAUUUUAUGCUUCUGAAGUGCUUCUUGUGCUUCUUGUGCUCGAGUAUCUACACAUGAUAGGAGUGGUGUACAGAGACUUAAAGCUUGAAAAUGUAUUGGUGAGGGAGGAUGGCCGCAUCAUGCUCUUUGAUUUUGAUGUGCCUCAUUGUCUCAAUUCCAAAACAACUAAGGUUCGGAGUGAAAAAAUGGUUAGUGCAGAUUCACUUCCUGUACUAAUUGCAGAACUAACAAACUCCCACUCUAUGUCAUUUGUUGGGACACACGGGUAUUUAGCUCCUGACAUAAUAAGAGGAUAUGGUCAUGGUAGUGUUGCUGAUUGGUGGACAUUUGGUAUUUUCCUGUACGAGUUGUUACAUGGGAAGACACCUUUUAAAGGCAAUGGAAAUCGAGAAACACAUUUGUGA